GUUCAUUUUCAUGCCCAGUUAUCGACCGCAAAUGCUACUAGCGCUGGGUUUGAAUGGCUUCCAAUUUUCAUGAUAUGUCUGACAUACAAUGUGUUGAUCAGAAAAGCAGUGGCAGCGAUAGUAGCAGUACAGGGGAAGAAGAAAGACUGAGACAAUUGUUUCUAAGCUGUGAUUCAAAUAAUGAUGGGUGCUUAGAUUGUGAAGACUUAUACAAUAUGUGUAAGAAACUAAACAUGGCAGAAUGUGCCGAGGAAAUUAUAAACACACUUGGCGCUAACACUAAAGGGUGCAUUACAUUUGAUGAGUUCCUUAGCUGUCGAGAAAAAGUUUUUCAGAUGCAAACUGAAGCGGAUAAUAUAUAUUUCUCAAGAUCUGGUUUACCACAUCAUCUAAAUUAUAAGCAACCUGGAUUUAGUUGGCCUGUUUACACAACUGGUAAAUUGCAUACAGAGGUUAAAAAUAAUGGACAAGAAGUGAAUGAAAACUCUGUUCGCAAAAUGAACGAAAAUGUCAAUCUCGAGAGUUCUGCCAGCGAAACCAGCCUUGUUAACUCAGGCGCAGAAUAUGAUUCUGGAGCUCAAGAUCUUUGUGGUGAACCGCAAAGUUUACACUUGUUAAUGCAACGUGAUUUCCCUGAUUUAUAUAAAAUUAUAUUUCCAUUACCUUUGAAUUCAAUAAGAAAUAAUUUUGAAAAUGAUACAAUGACAAAUGAAUUCAAUUUAUUAUCUGUCACUAAUAUGGAUAAUUCUACAAAAGACUUACAGAAUCAAAAACUGACUAAUGCAAUCAAUAUUCAGUCUGUAGAUAAAUUAAGUAAUUUGCCAAGGCACAUAGAAGCAGAAUCAUUUGGUAUAAAAUCAAAAGAAGUUGAGUCAAAUCACUUUUUAGAUAAUGUUCGACACUUAUUUGAAUGUGCGAAUACUCUACAUGUACAACGGACGGCUCAGUUACGUUCCGAAAUUCGUGAUCUGUCUCACAGACUACAAGGGUUACAGACAAGUCGAGAUAUGAAUUAUCGUGAAGUACAACGUUUACAACGUGAAAAAGAACAAUUACGCAAUGAAUUAACUAACCAAGUAUCACGUUAUGAAGAUCGUUUAACUGAAUUACAUAGUGUUAUUGCAGAAUUACGACGUCGUUUAGAACAUUCCGAAUCAAAUAUUAUACAUGAAGUAGAAGAGUUUGAAGAAAACGAUGGCGAUGAUGAUGAUAAUGAUAAUGAUGAAGUAAAUGAUAAUAAUGUAUUGAUUAAUUAUAAAUCAGAUAGAAAAUCAAGAAAAUCAAAAUUAUCAUUAUUAAAUACAUUCAAUACUAAUAAUAUCAAUGAUUAUUCAACGAAUCAAUAUGAAUUGGAUAAAGAGAUUAGUGGAAAUAGUGAUACAUCCGUUGAUGUUAUAAUGGAUGGUGAUGAUGAUGAUAAUGUUGAAGAUGUUGUUAGUCCAUCAAAUGAUACUACCAAUGAUAGAUUAAAUAAAUCUAUUGGAAUUGUAAGACAUUAUCAACAGUCACAAUCAAAUUCACAUAAAUUUUUAAUGCAAACAGCAAAUCUUACCUAUGAUCGAUUGGAUCAGAAUCAUGAACUAGCUUGUCUAGUUAGUAACAAUAAUAAUAAUAAUAAUAAUAAUAAUAAUAAUAAUAAUAAUGUGAAUACGGAGGGAGUAUCUAAAAAUUAUAACCAUGAUCUUUGUAUAAAAUAUGAAACAAUUUUAUCAAAUAUGCAAGCUCAAUUAACAUGUGUCAUUGAAGAACGAGAUAUGUUAGCUAAUCAAUUAAAUGAAUUGACUGGAACUAAUUCCACAAUACAAAUAUCGACAAUAGUCACUGAAAGUGUUUCAUCAUCUUUACCAGUAUCGACACCAACAGUAUCAACAAUAUCAGAAAUAGUAGGAUUAAAAUCAUGUUCUAUAUCACAUCCAAUUAUGGGUUUAAAUCGAUCUGUUCAAAUGAAAUCCAAUGAUAAUAAUAAUAAUAAUAAUAAUAAUAAUAAUAAUAAUAAUAAUAAUAAUAGUAAUUUAUCAUAUCCUCCAACAUCCUCUCUUCCGACUCCUUCUUCAACAAUAGGAUUUUCAGUAUCUAAACAACAAACAAAUGUAGAUAACAAUAUUAUUAACCAAUUACAUAAGACUAUUUCAUCUGAACAUUUAAAUUAUAACCAAGUAACUAGUACAACAACACCAACAACAACAAAAUCAUCAAUAGCAACAUCAACAACAAAUACAACAAUGACAACACAAAUGAAUUCGAAUGUUUAUGAUUUACCUGAACCAGAAUGGAUUACAAAACUAUUGAAACAAUAUUAUGAAUAUAAUAUAACUCAUAAUAAACAAAAUAUUCCAUGUAGUUUAUUUGGUAAUGAGUUAUAUUCACCUACAACAACAACAACAACAACAACAACAACAAAUGCUACUAAUGAUGGUGUUGGCGGUACUGGUACCGGUACCGGAAUAUUACCAUUUGAUUUUGAACAAUUUUUAUUUGAUCAAUUCGAUUAUGAAGAAUUAUGUACAGAUUCAAUGAAUAUACCUAAUCAAUUUACACCAAAUACAUUAAUGUUAUUUUUAAUUAGUUUAGCUAAUUUCACUCCAUAUACACGUUUAUCGGAUAUAGCUAAAUGUGCUCAAUUAACAUUAUAUCGUUUAUUAACUAAAUUAGUACGUUAUCAAACUGAUUGUUUAGUAUUACAAGCUAAUUUAACUGAAAUUAAAUUAAAUGCUGAUCAAAUGCAAUGUCAAUUAAAUCAAAUUGAAUCAAAUUAUUCAAUUAUGAAUCGAGCUAUACAAAUAUCUGAAUCUGCAUUAGAAAUUAGUGAUUGUUUAAAUCAGUUAUAUUCCACGGAAUUAGCUGUCACUAUAUUCCGUCAAUCACAAAAUAAUCAAAUGUUAAAGCAUCCAUUCUCAACAAUAUCAUCGUCUACAUCAUCUUCAUCAUUUCAUGGUCAUAGUAAAUCAUCUCAAUUACAUCAAUCACAACAUCAUCAACAAUUGAAAAGAUAUAAUAAUUCACAACAGAUUUCUGUUACCACAUCACCAUAUCAAUUGUAUUCUUCAAUUGGUUCUUCGGAAGAACAUGAUUUAUUAAAUAAUGCAACCAAUACUACCAAUAAUACAACUGCUGGAGUUGGACAACAACAACAGCAGAUCUUUUCAAUGAAUCAUUUCAAUUUGCAUAAUUUGAAAUCAUUGAGACAACAAGUUGAAUUUCUAGCUUAUACCAUAUUAGAUAAAUAUGAAACAUCAGAUGGUGGUUAUGAAAAAAUUCUCCCAACAUCUUUAUCUAAUUUAACAAAUAUCAAUAUGACAACAACUUCAGUUAAUGGUAAUAUACCUACUGUAAAUAGUACUAAUUUAUCUCAAUUACAUUGUUAUCAACAUAUUCAACAUUCUUCUCAAUCACCUAUAAGUCCUGGUCUUUGUUCUAUACAAUCUGUGAUUACAUCAUCUAAUAGUUUGUUAGAUAAUAGUAAUACUACUAAUAACAAUAAUAGUAAUAGUGUUUAUGCCAAUUCAUGGUAUGUUAGUUUAAAUCGAAACAAAUUAAAUACGAUACAAUGUUUACCAAAUGAAAUGAAUGAACAUUUACAUGGACAACAAUCAUUAAUGAAUCCUAAUCAAUUACCUUCUAUAUCAUUGAAUUCAACAAUUGGUUCCAAUCCAUCAAUAACUUAUCAACAACGACAAUAUAAUCAUGUACGUUUAAAUAAUAAUUUACAAUUAAUGAAUCCUCAAUUACGUUCAUUUAUGAAAUCAAAUUGUCAAGGAAAUACAAAUCAAAAUAUAAAUGAAAAUGGUUUAAAUGGAAGUGGUGAUGGUUUUGGUUGGGAAACUCCAGAUUCCGGUGCUGGAAGUAGUAGUAUCAAUGAAAUAUCAUCACAACAUCAUCCUCAACAACACCAACGACAACAAUCUGGUUAUUUAUUGAAUCCAUCAUCAUUAUUCUUAUCUUCUUCAACAUCAUCUUUAUUAUUUGGACAUUAUUAUCAAACUUAUGGUGAAAUCAUUCAAAAUAAUACUACUAAUAAAGUAAAUAAUCAAUCAGAUUUAUUCAUAUUCAAUACAUUAUUAGAUAAUCUUCCACCAUUAUGGACAUUAUUUACAAAAACAUCAACAUCUUUUUAUGAAUCCGAUUUAGAUUCAUCAGAUUCAUCUGAUAUACCAGGAAAUAUUAUUAAAACUACUGAUUUAUCAAAACAUAGUACCCAUCCUCCUCCUCCUCCUCCUCCUCUUCCUCCACAUCAUCAUCAUCAACAACAACAACAACAUCAUAGUAGUAUGAAUGGUCAGUUAAUAUCUCAACUACCUCCUAUUUCAUCAUCACAACAAUUAUCUAAUUGGUCUAGAUUAGAAGAACGUAAACUACGUACAAUUUAUUAUCAAUUAAUUCAUACAUAUAAACGUUUACAAUCUAUGUUAAUUGAUAUGCCUAAUACAUAUCAAUUGGUUAUACCAAAUGAUAGAAAUGAAAUUGGAGAGAAGACAAAAACUACAAAUGAUGUCAUUGAUCAUGAUCAAAAUAUAUCAACAACAAGAUUUGUAUCAGUUGGUUCAACACAGCAACAGAUGAAUUUGGAUCAACAAAAUUCGAUUACAAUGAAUUCAUUACGUAAAUUACCAUUGGCUGUAUUUUUGGAAAAUUCAGUUCUAUUACAAGAAUUAUGUUGUAUUAAAGAAGAAUGUGCUGAUCUUAAAAUUCGUGUAUAUUUACUUGAAAAAGAAUUACGUGCUAAUCGUUUAACAUUAGAUAGUCGUACUGUUGCUGAACGUGCAUUACGUGCUCAUCUUGAUGCAUUAAUUAUUGAACAAAAUAAUCAAUAUUCAUUAUUAAAUGAUAAUAAGUUAAAAUUAUCACAAACGACAACAAUGGCGACGUCGACGACGACGACGACAACAGCAACAACAACAACAACAGGAACAGGAAUAACAACAACAUUAACCAAUCAAUCUAUACAGAAUAUUAAUCAAAAUGAAAUAGUUUUAUUAAGAGGUCAAGUCAAGAAUUUAUUACAAGCUCUUGAAGCAUUACGUAGUAGUACAGAAAUACAACAAAUACAAAGUGAAGAAUUAGUGAAUGAUUUAAAACGUGCUAAUAGUGCAUUAAUUAAAGCAUUUGAUAAAAUAAAACAUAAAUAUACAACACGUAUUAAAAAAUUAGAAGAUCAAUUAAAUUCUAUGCAUUCUAUUCCUUCAUCCACAUGUUCUACAUCAUGUCAUACUACUAUUAAUACUACUAAUACUACUACUACUACUAGUUGUAGUAGUACAACUACUACUCAUCACAAUUAUUUAAGUAAUACAUUCAAAGGAUGUAUGAUAGAACAUCAUAAUAUUAAUGAAAUAUCAAAAGCAUCUAUUAUAUUAAAUGAUAUGAAUAAUGUAAAUAUAAAUUCUCAAAUUCAUCCCAUUUAUCCUAUGCAAAGUGCUUUACAACAACAACAACCUGUAAUAACAACAUCAACACAUUCAUUGAAUAUACCUUCAAUAAUUGAUUGUAAUCGUAAUUUAUCAUCAAUACCGACAUCUCAUAUCCCUCCUAUUCCUCAACAUCAACAUCAACAAUAUCCACUGCAUCAUCAACAGGAUCAUCAUUAUUAUCCACAAAUUAAACAAAAACCUAUGAUAUUGAAUACAUCUCAAUUGAGAACAACACCACUUUCAACUAAUUCAUUAUCACAACAGUUUUCUAAUUUAAAACAUUUUCCUACUCAUUGA